CGAUAGCGACGCCCUCUCUUUCCGUUUUAGAUUGUCAAGCAAGAUGCCAGGCGUUACAGUAAAAGACGUGGAUCAGCAUAAGAUCGUCCGGGCUGUUGCCUCCUUCCUCAAGAAGUCCGGCAAGCUAAAGGUGCCCGAGAAGAUGGACAUUGUGAAGACGGGCAAGUACAAAGAGCUGGCCCCCAGUGAUCCCGACUGGUACUACAUUCGCUGCGCCUCCAUCCUGCGCCAUAUGUAUCUGCGCCACCCCGCUGGCGUGGGCUCCAUCACCAGGAUCUUUGGUGGUCGCAAGAGGAACGGUGUCCAUCCGUCUCACUACUGCCGUGCUGCCGACGGAGUCGCGCGCAAGGCUCUGCAGUCCUUGGAAGGGAUGCAGCUGAUCGAGAAGCACCCUGAUGGCGGACGCAAGCUCACGUCCAAGGGCCAGAGAGAUCUUGACCACAUUGCCAACAAGAUUGUGGGCAAGCAGAGGGCUGCCAAGAAGGAGGCCGGACCUAUCAUCAUCUCCUAGAGCGAACUCUGGCGAUUGUAAGAAGAUGAAAUAAAGAAGUGGCGCUUCGGAGACAAAA